AUAUAUAAUAGUAAUACCUUCUUCAUAAUAAUAAUACCUUCUUCUUUAAACAUCGUUAAUUACAGUUAAUUCACAGUCAUAUUCGAUUUAUCUGACACGAUGGCACGAGUUAACCUGUAAGUAAUUGAAAAGUUGUUUCGCUGUAAACAUUUUUAAAAGAAAGUGUAUAAUUUUGUUAUAUCAAUGGAAACGGUGCCGAAAGAUUUACGUGGUCUAAGAGCAUGUUUAGUAUGCUCGUUGAUCAAGACUUUCGAUCAGUUUGAAUUUGAUGGUUGUGACAAUUGUGAUGAAUUUUUACGUAUGAAAAAUAACAAAGACAAUGUUUUUGAUUGUACGAGUUCUAAUUUCGAUGGCAUGAUUGCAGCAAUGAGUCCAGAAGAUAGUUGGGUGUGCAAAUGGCAAAGAAUUAAUCGCUUUUGUAAAGGAGUUUAUGCAAUAUCGGUAUCAGGUCGCCUUCCAGCAGGCGUUAUAAGGGAAAUGAAAAGUAGAGGUAUAGUUUAUAGACCACGAGAUACAAGUCAGAGAUGAAUAUAUAUUCUAAUAAUAAAUAUUUAUUAUAUCUAAAAUUUUUCUACCAACUUCUAUGACUAUUUAACAUGAUAAUAUAAAUGUAUAUAUAUUUUAUAAAUACGAUUAUGGUUAAAGAAUACUUAUGUACAAUACAGAAUAUUAUAGUAGAUAGAGUGUAUGUCUAACUCGAUCUAUUUUAAAUAUUUCUGUUAUUUGGCUAAUAAUAAAGUUAGAUGUA